CAAGACGGGGAGGGAGGGCGCGUCUGGGGCGUGUGCGCCCAAGGCCAGAGGCACCCGAGGUGGGCUGGCCCAGGGUGGAAAGCCUGGGCCGAGCCCCUGGAGCGGGCGGAACGGCGAGCCAGAUUCAGGAAGUUGUGCCUCUGACAUCAGGGGCAGGACAGAGUUGGAGCGAAACCUCAGCUAUGCCAGGCGUCGGCCCGCAGGAAGGCAGGGAACACAGAGGGCGCUGUCCUCGGCGGCAGCGGCAGAUUGUUCCCCAUUUUGGAGAUGAAGAAACUGAGACUCAAAGCAGCUGAGUGACCUUCCCAAGGACACACACUGAACUGGGCGGUGAUCAGGAUCUGAAUGUACAGGGCUGGUGUUCAGCGAUUGUUUACUACGUUGAACGUGACCUCCAGGAAAGCAGUUCUGGCCGAGAUCCCCUGACAACGCAAAGCAAGAAGUAACGUGGAAGGAGGCUCCCCAAGCUGGCUGGCCAUUUUGCUGCUGUGUGUGGAGGUGCUGUCAGUGGCAUGCCCAAACCCAAAGCUGGAAGAGGAAUAAAUUACAAGUGGUCAAGUUUGCAUCCUUUUGAGCCCAGGACCUGCUUGUAAGCCGAGAGGGUUCUCUGGCCCCAAUCUAGCUAAGCACCAUGGAGAGAAUCAGCACCUUCUUCAGCUCUAUCUGGGACACCAUCUUGACCAAACACCAAGAAGGCAUCUACAACACCAUCUGCCUGGGAGUCCUCCUGGGCCUGCCACUCUUGGUGAUCAUCACACUCCUCUUCAUCUGUUGCCAUUGCUGCUGGAGCCCACCAGGCAAGAUGGGCCAGCAGCCAGAGAAGAACAAGAAGAAGAAGAAGAAGAAGAAGAAGAAGAAGAAGAAGGAUGAAGAAGACCUCUGGAUCUCUGCUCAACCCAAGCUUCUCCAGAUGGAGAAGAGACCAUCACUGCCUGUUUAGUUAGGCAGGAAGCAGAGGUGUUUCCUUUCUGGAGCUAAGCCUCCUUCUGACCACACACAGACAUUUCAGGAACCCCUGAAAUGAUGCACUAUGUCCAUGUCCACAGAGUAACUACUCAACCAAGGAACAAACCUCAGACUAAGUGUGCCAGUGGAGGGCAGUCCCAGGGACCACGUGGACAAUUCUUGGAUACUGUCUUGGCAGCUAUGUGUCCAAUAGCAAUGCUCCUUACUGCAGACCCAGGCAUGCCUCCCACCUGUCUCUGGCAUACCCCACAUGCAAAGCACAAAGAACAUUUAUCCAUACAUCUCAAUAUGGUUCCCAAGUGUGUGCACAUGCACGUAACACAUACACACAAAUUCAGGCAGCAGGUAUGUGGGCAAGUAUAUUCUGCUCAUCAAAUGGUCAUUGGCUAUGUACUUUGUGCAGGGAAGUACAUUAUCUACAGUCACAAAAAUGUCUCACGGGAAAGCCUUGCCAGAUUCAGACACAUAUACACAAUUUCCUAACCAGCAAGGCCCCCAUACACCAUCUAUUCCAUAAACCACUCAGGUUAGAGAUGCAUGCUUUCCUAUUUCUAACUCUACACAUAAACUUUUACUGGAAGUACUCAUAAUUGGACAUUCCAGCAACCUGCUACAGUUCCCCACCCUUGUGUGUCUUGAUACAGACACACCAAGUUUCUGUGCCUCUGACCCCUCACCUGUGCCAAGAUGUUUAAAGUGUGAUGGUUCAAAAUUCAUUGAAAGCUCUUUUCUUGUAACUCAUGACAAAGUCCGUCCUCAUUGCCACUGAGAGGUGUUUAAUGUGAUCCAAGACCUCUCUGUGAAACAUUACCCCCGCAAACCAUUCAGCAAAGUGCCUUUCUCCAAGCAAGAACAAACAGCUCUUGGUGGUGACUGCUAGAAAGCUAUGGAAGCCCACUCAUUUAUGUCAGUGGACUGCAACUGUGUACCUGUGUAAUGUUUACAGAUGGAAAGGGUGAGGAGAUGCUACACCUGAGCUAAGUAUCUCCUAUAUAACCAAAGUUUCCAGCAGGGAAGGAACUAGACAAUCAUCAGUGCAGUCUCACAGAAGACAACACUGGAAGUGAUGUCAUAAGGUUGUGAUGUGUUCAUGGUAUGGCACAGGUGGGAUGCAGAGGUAACAGAGUUUAAAUGAAAGUAGGAUGAAGCUAUAAAGAGGUUUAUUUAUAUUUAUAUUGAAGCUCAGGCAAGUGCCUUGCACACAGUAGGUACUUAUAACUAACUGUGGUUACUGUUGGAUAUGUGAUGUUGUUAAGGGUAAGCUUGUAAUACCUCACCAAUUCUCCCCGAGUGAUCUUCUCUUCUAAGUGAGCCCACUAAUUGCUGCAAUGGAUGAAAUUGGGUGUUUAAUGCUGCAGGAGAGUACAUGUAGGUGACACAUGUGCCUUGAGGUAUGUGAGGACAUGUAAAUUAGAUCCACAGUGAGCUGAGGAGGGCUUUCCCCGCCAGAGUGAGGUUGGGAAGCAGAGUUAAUCCACUUAUAGGAUGAACUGCUUGGUAUUUUUAUUGUAUUGUGACUGUAUUACAAAGAUGGACAAUUCACUCCUUGGGAGCAAGUUAUGCUCUAGAAGUUUAUUUACAAAUAUGCUGGGAAGCUCUCUUGAAAUAUUUUCCCAAGGAAGCUAUUCUACACAGUGGCAAAAUUGCUAUCUAAUUAAUAAUGUAGCUAAACUAUGAUAUUUAUAGUAGCAAAAAACUAAAUUCUAUAAGAUUGCAUUAAAGGAAAGAUAUAUUCUA